CGAGGAUCUGGGCGGCGAGACACACCUGAUGGUGGGAGGCAGUCACCCUCCCUUGUGGUCUGCGGGCGGGACAGUUAGAUAGCCACUCAAGAAAACAUCAUGAAAGAUACUGAUAUCAAGAGACUACUGUAUACCCAUCUUUUAUGCAUCUUUUCAAUUAUCCUAAGCAUCUUCAUUCCAUCAUUCUUCUUGGAGAACUUCUCAAUAUUGGAAACACACUUGACAUGGUUGUGCAUCUGUUCUAUUUUUGUAACUGCCGUCAAUCUAGUUUUAUAUUUAGUAGUGAAACCAAAUGCAUCCUCUAAAAGAAGUUCACUAUCAUACAAGGUAACCAGGUUUUUGAAGUGCUGUGUCUACUUUCUUUUGUCUUGUUUUACCUUUCAUAUAAUAUUUGUUCUAUAUGGAGCACCGCUGAUAGAGUUGGUUUUGGAAACAUUUUUAUUUGCAGUUGUUCUGUCUACUUUUACUACUGUACCUUGUUUGUGUUUGUUGGGACCAAAUAUCAAGGCAUGGCUAAGAGUUUUCAGUAGAAAUGGUGUUACAUCCAUUUGGGAAAAUAGUCUCCAAAUCACUACGAUUUCUAGUUUUCUAGGAUCGUGGCUUGGAGCCUUUCCUAUUCCACUCGACUGGGAAAGACCAUGGCAGGUAUGGCCCAUCUCCUGUACGCUAGGAGCGACCUUUGGCUACGUGGCUGGUCUUGUUAUUUCACCACUCUGGAUAUACUGGAAUAGAAAGCAACUUACAUACAAGAACAAUUAAUUGGAGCAAAGGGAGAAGAUAUUUCUUUGUGCAGAUUCCAUAAAGACUGUGCAGAAAUGUGUAUGGUCCAAGCCAGGCAGUUCCACUUACAGCACUGUUUUUUAUGUAGUUACAACAUGAUGUGAUUGUAGCUUUUUUUUUUUUUAACUAUGAAACCCCUGAGAGAUUGUACCUUCUAGUUGAAAUAAAGUAUUUAUAGUAGAUUGUGGCUUCA